AUGGCUGCUUACGGACAGACCCAGUACAGCCCGGCGCUCCAGCCGGCGGGACCUUACGCUCCGUACACUCACCACACGCAGGGCUACAGCAUGCCGUCGUACAAUAUUAAAACAGAGGACGGUCUGAGUCACUCUCCAGGACAGACCACAGGACUGUUGGGAUACUCGAACUUCAGCAGCUCGACUCCCAGUCCGAGUCUCUACAGCUACUCACACACACACGGUGCUGGAAUUCCAUCUGGAAUAUUUCAAGGCUCCCAUGCAAUCUCCAGUACAACCGCAUUCAACCCAACCCAGCAGGAGUUUUCAGCGUACUCGAGCUACAGCCAGGGUCAGUACUCUCAGUAUUACAACUCACAUCACUACAACAGCCCGUACCUAACCGGCAGCAACAUCAGCCCUGCCAUCACGGCUCCGUUAGCCUAUCAGCAUCCAGAGCACCCGGUCAUGCUGCCCAAUCACAGCCCAGAGUCACACACAGCAGAGUACCACCCACCGCCUAGUCCCCCCACACCAGGUAAAGAGGAGGGGGUCCCAGCCCGGCGGGGGUCCGAUGGGAAGUUGAGAGGCAGGAAACGAGCGAGUGACCCGGCUCCACCGCUGGACUCUGACAUCGAGCGGGUGUUUAUCUGGGACCUGGAUGAAACCAUCAUCAUUUUCCAUUCGCUCCUCACGGGAACCUUCUCCUCACGAUUUGGCAAGGACUCGUCCAAGGCCGUGUCUCUUGGUCUGUGGAUGGAGGAGAUGAUCUUCAAUCUGGCUGACUCCAGACUCUUCUUCAACGAUCUGGAGGAAUGUGACCAGGUUCAUAUUGAUGACGUGGCAUCAGAUGACAACGGACAGGACCUGAGCACUUACAACUUUGGGUCGGACGGCUUCCAGAGCCCAGCGGGGGCCGGCUCUCUGUGCCUGGGGUCGGGGGUCCAUGGGGGGGUGGACUGGAUGAGGAAACUGGCUUUCCGAUACCGCAGAGUCAAGGAGAUCUACAACACGUACAAGAAUAAUGUUGGUGGUUUGCUGGGCAGCCCCAAGCGAGAGGAGUGGCUGCAGCUGAGGCGAGAGAUGGAGGUGCUGACUGACCUGUGGCUGACUCAGGCUCUCAAAGCUCUGGCGCUCAUCAACUCCAGGCCGAACUGUGUGAACGUGUUGGUGACGACCACCCAGCUCAUCCCAGCUCUGUCCAAGGUGCUGCUGUACGGACUGGGCUCAGCUUUCCCAAUAGAAAACAUAUACAGUGCCACCAAAACAGGCAAGGAGAGCUGCUUCGAGCGCAUCUCCCAGAGAUUCGGGCGGAGAGCAGUGUACGUGGUGAUAGGAGAUGGAGCCGAAGAAGAGGCUGUGGCCAAGAAGAAGAACAUGCCGUUCUGGAGGGUGUCCUGUCGGCCUGAUCUGGAAGCUCUGAGCCAUGCACUGGAGCUGGACUACCUCUAG